GGGCCGCGCCGGGGCAGAGCCGCGCGGGCGGGCGGAGGCGCACGCUGGCCACUGGAAAUCCGGGUCGCCGCCGCCCGCCGUGCACGUGCGGCAGCUGCCGUGUACCGAACUCCCGCCGCGCGGCCGCUUUGUUGCCUCCCGGCCGCCGGCACCAUGCACACGCCGGCCUCCGCGGGCUCGGGCGACGCACGCGCGGUUGACAUCAUGGACAUAUGCGAGUCAAUCCUGGAGAGGAAGCGGCACGACAGCGAGAGGUCUACGUGCAGCAUCUUGGAGCAGAACGACAUGGAAGCUGUCGAGGCUCUUGUUUGCAUGAGCUCCUGGGGUCAGAGAUCCCAGAAAGGGGACUUGUUAAAGAUAAGACCCCUCACACCUGUCUCUGACUCUGGGGAUGUUUCCACCAUUGUGCACGUGGACGCAGCCACACCCGAGUUACCAAAGGACUUCCAUUCUUUAUCAACUCUGUGCAUGACUCCUCCUCAGAGCCCUGACCUCCUGGAGCCAUCAACAGGGACAGUUGUUCCUUCCCAAGUAACUGAUUCCAAAGCACCCAUGGUCGUGGCUGUCCCCCCAGCCUCUACUGGGGCAGCCGGAGUGCUGAGCAGGAGGUCAGAGAGGGCCCUGCCUGGUUUGAAGCCAGAGCUGCCGGAGCCAGCUGUCAGCCCUCACUGCAGGGCCACGGUGACAAGUGUCAUUUGCCACACUGGGGGGAGUCCUGCUUCUGCCCACGUUCCUACCACCCAGACUCAAGCACACCAACUUUCAGCCAACGCGGAAGGAGAAGCGCAGUUUCUGGGGCCUGUUGAAGCUGUGCAGGACGCACACCUCACACGCGGUGUGCUCAGCGUUAACUCAGCGUCCUGUCAGCCUUGUUUGCACAAGUCCAGUGGCCUGAGCCCCACCGACAAAGGCCAGCAGGCAGGGUGGCCCGUUGCAAUUCAGACCUGCUCACCAAAGAAUUACGAAAAUGACUUGCCAAGGAAAGCCACCCCUCUGAUUUCUGUCCCCUUUCCUAGUCCCCCUGUCCUUUGCCAAAUGAUCCCUGUGACUGGACAAAGUGGCAUGUUAUCAGCUUUUUUGAAGCCACCUCCCCAAGUGUCUGCAGGGACUGUCAAACCCAUCUUACCCCAUGCUGCUCCAGUGCCCCAGCCUGUGUUUGUGGGACCGUCUGUGCCUCAGGGAACUGUGAUGUUGGUUCUGCCCCAGGGGGCCCUCCCGCAGCCUGCCACGUGUUCGUCGAGUGGAAUGGCUGUUGGGAAUACCAAGUUACUGCCCCUUGCCCCUGCUCCAGUGUUCAUCGCAUCCAAUCAGAACUGCGCCCCUCAGGUAGACUUUUCCCGAAGGAGGAACUAUGUUUGCAACUUCCCAGGCUGCCAGAAAACCUACUUCAAAAGUUCCCACCUCAAGGCUCAUCUUCGCACUCACACAGGAGAGAAGCCUUUCACCUGUAGCUGGGACGGCUGUGAUAAAAAAUUUGCUCGUUCAGAUGAACUCUCUCGCCACCGCAGAACUCACACUGGGGAGAAGAAGUUUGUAUGCCCAGUGUGUGAUCGGCGUUUCAUGCGCAGCGACCACUUGACAAAACAUGCCCGGCGCCAUAUGACCACCAAGAAGGUCCCUGGCUGGCAGGCGGAGGUUGGCAAACUGAACAGAAUUGCCUCAGCAGAGAACCCUGGGAGCCCGCUGGUGCGCCUGCCGGCCUCUGCAUGAAAGGUCCUCCAGGGAAUUGUGGAUGGGAAUUUUUCAAAGCCUUUUUUCAGGAAUGGAAGUGAUGGUUUUCUCUCCAAAAGAAAUUGUCUUGAGGGCUAGGGGAGCUGGUUCUGAUGAAAGUAUGUUAACUUGUCUUUUUUGGUGGGGAACCCUGUUCAAUAUCUUUUGUAGUUUCAGAAGUUCUUUUAAGGAAAAUGGAAGAAAAUUUGAUAAUUUAAAUCACCAGCAUUCAAACAAACAUUUCGGCAGGGGCUUCCCUGGUGGCGCAGUGGUUGAGAAUCUGCCUGCCAAUGCAGGGGACACGGGUUCGAGCCCUGGUCUGGGAGGAUCCCACAUGCCGCGGAGCAACUAAGCCCGUGAGCCACAACUACUGAGCCUGCGCGUCUGGAGCCUGUGCUCCGCAAGAAGAGAGGCCGUGACAGUGAGAGGCCCGCGCACCGCGAUGAAGAGUGGCCCCCGCUUGCCACAACUAGAGAAAGCCCUCGCACAGAAACGAAGACCCAACACAGCCAAAAAUAAAUAAUAAAUAAAUAAAUUAAAAAAAAAAAACAUUUCGGCAAUAAAUUUUACAAAAUCUG